UGUUGCCAUGCCAACAGCACAACAAAGUGAUCACGGGCUUUUAUUCGCGCCUAUGUUUGCGUCUCUCCUGUCUGAUUUGAUUGUUUCGGAAUUGAAAAAAUGAGUCAGAAGCAAAUUUUACAGGCUUUUGAGCAGUACCAGAGAGAAAGGAUGAAGUUCGCGCAAACAGUUGCAGAGCUCGCAACAAGACAUCAGAACAUCGAAACACUACAAAGUGCAGGUGUGAUGUCCCUCCUGAGGCCUCUCCUCCUGGACGCGGUCCCAUCGAUCCAGCAGUCGGCAGCUUUGGCAAUUGGAAGACUGGCCAGCUACAACGAUGACCUGGCUGAGGCCGUGGUGAAGGGAGGCAUUCUGCCUCAGCUUAUUGACUCGCUGGGCGAUAAGAAUCUCUUCUACAAGAAGGCAGCGGCAUUUGUUCUCCGUGCCGUGGCGAAGCACUCACCUGAGCUGGCACAAGCCGUGGUAGACUGUGGAGGCCUCGAUGCUCUCGUCAUCUGUCUGGAAGAGUUCGAUCCUGGGGUGAAAGAGGCUGCUGCAUGGGCGCUGGGCUACAUUGCUCGCCAUAAUGACUCGUUGGCUCAGGCUGUGGUGGAUGCAGGCGCUGUUCCUCUACUCGUUCUUUGCCUCCAAGAGCCUGAGAUCGCCUUGAAGAGGAUCUCUGCUUCGACGUUGAGCGACAUCUGCAAACACUCGCCUGAGCUCGCACAAUCUGUGGUGGACACCGGAGCCAUUGCACAUCUGGCGCGGAUGACUUUAUCCUCAGAUGCCAAACUAAAGAGACAUGUGUACUCAACUCUAGGCCAAAUCUCCAGGCAUUCUGUGGAUCUGGCAGAGAUGGUGGUGGAGGCUGAAAUCUUUCCAAAUGCACUUCCCAGCCUUAAAGAUCCAGAUGAAUAUGUGAGGAAAAACAUCAGCACGUUGAUGCGAGAGAUCACAAAGCACACCCCUGAGUUAGCCCAGAUGAUUGUGAAUGCUGGAGGUGUGGCAGCUGUGAUUGAUUAUCUAGGGGACUCCAGAGGGAAUGUACGAUUGCCUGGUAUCAUGAUGCUCGGCUACGUGGCUGCACACUCGGAGAACCUCGCCAUGGCUGUCAUUGUAUCUAAGGGUGUACCACAGCUGGCUAUCUGCCUGGCCGAGGAGACGGAGGAUCACAUGAAAGCUGCAACAGUCUGGGCACUGGGGCAGAUCGGCCAUCACACACCUGAGCAUGCAAGAGUUGUGGCAUUGUCCAACUUGCUCCCCAAACUGCUGAGUCUUUACCUGGACACACAGAGCUCUGAGGACCUGCAAGUCAAGGCGAAGAAGUCUUUAAAGAGCAUCCUUCAGAAGUGCACUUACCUUCCAGCACUGGAGCCACUCCUCUACGACGCUCCAAGCAACGUUCUCAAACACGUCCUCUGCCAGUUCAGCAAGGUUCUUCCACAUGACAGUAAAGCACGGAGGUUGUUUGUAACCAGUGGAGGACUGAAGAAAGUACAGGAAAUUAAAGCUGAGCCUGGAUCCCCUCUGCAGGAGCACAUCAACACUAUUAUCACUUGCUACCCUGAGGAGAUAGUCAGGUACUACUCACCUGGAUACUCAGAAGAACUACUAGAAAGGAUCGAGAACUAUCAGCCUGUUUAAGGCAGGAAGCUUAUCUUCAAGAUUAGCAGUCUUUGCUACUUUAUUAUAUACCCAAUAAAUUCAGGGCACUGUGAUAAUUAGUGUUUGCAUCUGAUUAUUGAUCCCAUGUUAAGCCAUUGCAUGUAGUAUACUGUCAAGUGUGAUUACUAAAUACAAUGUCUACCCCUGUAUUAUGAUAUUAUCCGCUAUAGAUAAAAAUAAAAAGUACACACAUUAUUUUGUUGCUUA